AUGUCUCAAAUCCAGCUUAUCAUCAGCUGUUUCCUACUCAUAUUAUCCUCUCCCAUUGUGAUGGCUACAUGCUAUGCGCCCGAUGGAACGACCACUUCGGACUCGCGAUACAUCCCCUGCAUCGGGAUCCAAAAUGAGUUUUCAAUGUGCUGCCGGCUCAACGAUACGAAUCCGGACCUGUGCUGGCCAAACGGCCUGUGCUACUGGCCGGCAGAGAAUCAAUAUUAUAGGAACUUUUGCUCCGAUAAGUCUUGGGAGAGUCCGAAUUGUUUACCUAGGACGGUGUGCGAUGAUGCAGCAGGGGGGUCAUCAACUGCAGCCGCUCAGGUGGUGUGGUGUGGCAAUGAUUCAUACUGCUGCGGUACCAACAACGAUUGCUGCACAUCCGAUCAAGCAUUCUCCCUCAAGUCGACAUUAGUAUCCAUCGGCAGUAACUCCACGAGUAGUGGUACGGCGACAGUCACUGCGACAGUGACAGAUAUCGUGAGUGCCGGAGGUGAUGGGACGGAGGAAUCAUCGAAGAAGAAGAGCGUCGCGAUUGGGGUCGGAGUCGGUGUCCCUCUAGGGGUCCUAUCGAUCGUGAUGCUAGGAGCUGGUUAUCUGUGGGGAAGAAAUAUCACCAGGGCAAAAUAUGAGGCAGUGCAACAAACGUUGCCAGAAGGCCAGAUGUAUGCGUUUAAUGUGGAAAACACCCGACAGGAUGCCAACAAAGACCUUGACAAAAUCCUUGACGACGUCUUCGAUAUUGGCAUCAACGAAGAGGUCAAUAUUGUCAUCUACGAAGUCGGCAAGCAAGCGCAUCUCUCCAUCUGCGAUCCGCUAUACUAA